UGUGUGUGGAGGAGAUGAGAGGAGACCAGCUGAAGACACGGAGGAACAACACAGCACUUCAGACCAAAGAAGAUCUGUUGAUACGACUACACAAGGAUCCACCAAAAUGGCAUUACUGUUGAUGUUUGUGACCGUUCUGCAUUUGGUCACCCUAGCUAUGCUUUUCAUUGCCACCAUGGAGAAGUCCUGGUGGUCUUGGGGAGACAUAGAAAACACAGAUCUCUGGUAUAAGUGCACCUAUGAAAACGCCACAGAAACCUGGUUAUGUGCUUCUGCCAAAGACAGCGAAUGGCUGCAGUCAGUCCAGGCCUUCAUGAUCUUGUCUGUGGUGCUCUCUUCUAUCUCCUUCAUGGUGUUCCUCGGACAGCUCUUCACCAUGUCUAAAGGAGGUAUUUUCUACUUCACUGGCUUGUGCCAACUAUUUGCAGGUUUUGCAGUGUUUGCGGCUGCUCUUAUCUUCACCUGUCAAAGGAGUGCGAUUCUUCAAGAUUCUCGUGAACUGGAAAAGGGUCAUUUCGGCUACUGUUACAUUCUAGCGUGGGUGUGUGUGCCCCUUUUACUUAUCAGUGGCGCACUUUAUGUGCAUCUGCGCAAACGGGCCUGAUUUUCUGCUUAACACCACACAUGUAGGCUACUUUAGCUGUUUAGUCUGCUAUGAGAUUAUACAGUAUUUGCUCAUGGCUCUGAUUAGGCGAGCCAGUUUAUGAUAUUGCUUAUUGUUAUUUAAUGUUAUAACAGUUUUUACUCUCAAAAUCUGUUGCAACAAAACUUGCUGUAUUUUCCAAUAGUGGGGAGGCUGGUGCUCUAAGUUUGAUGCUGACAAUCAAGUGGGAUU